AUGGCUGCUUCGGCCGCCUCCUGUCAUUUCGCGACGGAAUUGGCGAUUGGCCGUUCUGACAAGAACCCGUUGCCCAAGGAACAUGAGCAAAACGAGCAGCCGGCCUAUCGCUGCAGACGUGACGUUGGUCCCGAAUGCAUGAACACGGCCGGACGUGACACCAAACGCAUCUCGUCCACAGCGGCUGCUGGCCCAGCCUAGCGCGCGGCUGACUGCAGCUCCGGGAAAUUAUUCCUGCCGCCUGACCAGCCUGUGCUGGGUGCAAUAUAUUCAAAGAAAACCAUCCUGCCUCUUUCUCCCGCGGCCUAACUGCCGUAAAAAUACAACUACGGCUAGAAUAGUGCUUGUGGG